AUGGACUGUCUACUCUCACGCCUCCCACCGUGCGUCCGCGCCGCCGUGGAGCCCUACAGCUCCUCCGUUUCCGCCGAACAUGCCCAAUUGCUCGGGGUUGCGCUCGUCUCCUUAGCCGCUGUCUACGUGGGGUACCUCUACCUUCUGAGCCAAAGGGAGGCUGCCGUGACGUUCAAUGUUCCCUUGCCGCAAGAAGUGCGCAAGAGCGGGGAGGGAAAGAAGUGGGAUGAGGUUCAGGGCCAGGAGAAGCGCGUGCUGGAGGAUCAGGUUCGGGGGAAAUGGAACGACAAGUUGAUUAUGAGCUACUGCCCGGCCGAUGGACGUGUGUUGGGCAAUGGGAUCAAACCUGCCACGGUUGAGGAUGUCAACGCCGCUGUGCGCGCGGCUAAGGCUGCGCAGCGUGAGUUCGCGAAGACCACUUUUGCAGAGCGCAGGAAGCUUCUCCGCACCCUGCUCAAGUACGUUCUCGACCACCAAGACGACAUCGUUACCGCCUGCUGCCUCGACUCUGGAAAAACAAAAGUGGACGCCUGCUUCGGCGAGAUCCUGGUGACGGUCGAGAAGCUCAAAUGGACAAUCGACCAUGGCGAGAAGGCACUGCUCCCGUCGCGCCGGCCUACCAACUUCCUCAUGAUGUACAAGAAGAACAAGGUCAUCUACGAGCCUCUGGGCGUCGUGGGCGCCUGCGUGUCCUGGAACUAUCCGUUCCACAACUUCAUCGGCCCGGUCGUCAGCGCCCUGUUCACCGGAAACGCGGUCGUCGUCAAGCCUUCCGAGCAGACGGCCUGGUGCACAUCCUUCUUCCUGAAUAUCGUGCGCGGCGCUCUGUCCAGCUGCGGCCACUCGCGCGACCUAGUCCAAACCGUCGUCUGCCUUCCCGCCGUCGCAGACACCCUGACCUCGCACCCGGACAUCGCCCACAUCACCUUCAUCGGAUCCCGCCCAGUCGCGCACCAUGUAUGCGCCUCCGCCGCGAAAUCCCUGAUUCCCGUAUGUGUCGAACUAGGCGGCAAAGACCCAGCCGUAAUCCUGGACGACAGCCGCACAGUAUGCAACCUCCCGACCCUGGCCUCAGUGCUCAUGCGCGGCGUAUUCCAAUCCGCCGGCCAAAACUGCAUCGGCGUCGAGCGCAUCAUCGCCCUCCCAGGCUCCUACGAGAAACUCAUUUCGAUGGUCGAGCCACGCAUCAAAUCCCUCCGUCUCGGCUCCAUCCUCCUGGACACCUCCACCCCAGAUAUGGGCGCCAUGAUCUCGCCCGCCUCGUUCGAUAAACUGGAAUCACUCAUCGCCGAUGCCGUCAAGCAGGGCGCUCGCCUCCUCGCCGGCGGCACCCGCAUCGAUCACCCUAUCCAUUCCCAGGGUCACUACUUCGCGCCCACGCUGCUCGUCGACGUAACACGGGACAUGAAAAUCGCGCAGGAAGAACUCUUCGCGCCCGUCUUCCUCGUCAUGCGCGCCGAGUCCGUCCCCGACGCAAUCUCCAUCGCCAACUCGACCGUCUACGCCCUCGGCGCCAGUGUCUUCGGCCACAACGCCGCCGACGUGCAAGCGUGCGUAUGCGGAAUCGACGCGGGCAUGGUCUCCGUUAAUGAUUUCGGCGCUUACUACGCCGUGCAGUUGCCCUUUGGCGGUGUCAAGGGAUCCGGGUAUGGUCGAUUUGCCGGCGAUGAGGGACUGCGAGGCUUGUGCAAUAUGAAGUCUAUUUGUGUGGAUCGGUUCCCUACUCUGAUCAGUACUGCUAUUCCGCCCAGAUUGGAUUAUCCUAUCCAGAAGAGCGGGGAGAAGGAUGGACCGAAGGCGUGGGAGAUGUGUAGGGGGGUUGUUGAGACGGGGUAUCAGCUUACGCUUGGUGGGCGCGUUGCUGGGAUUCUGCGAUUGUUGCGGAAUAUGUGA